AUGCAUAUGUGGGUUUAUGGACUGAACGAGAUCAUCACUUUCUUCUUCCCUCAGUCACGAGUUCAGGAUGUUUUUACUAACAACAAAGAACUAGAAACACAUUCAAAACUUGAGGUUGAGGUGAUGAAAGCGUUGAAGAAUGCAUAUCUAGAAUCACAGGUUGCUCAAGAUAUUCAGGAUAAUCUCGUAUCGUGUAAAUCUAUAAGUACCUUGGAGUUGAAGCCUUUACCAUCCAAUCUCAAGUAUGCAUAUCUCAUUGAGAAUGAGAAGCUUCCGGUAAUAAUUUCUAACUCUUUAUCUCUUGAGGAAGAAAAUGCAUUACUUGAUGUGUUGAGAAAGAACAUACAUGCUAUUGGUUGGACUUUGGCUGACAUUCCUGGUAUUGACCCUAUUGUGUGCACACAUAAAAUUUUUCUUGAGGACAAUGCUAAGCCCAUUAGGCAACCACAAAGGAGACUUAACCCAUUGAUUUUAGAUGUGGUAAAGAAAGAGGUUGUUAAGCUACUUAGUGCUGGGAUCAUCUAUCCUAUAGCUGACAGUGAGUGGGUGUCUCCAACCCAAGUUGUACCUAAGAAAGGGGGGAUUACUGUGGUAAAAAAUGAGAAAGGAGAGCUUGUUCCAACUAGAGUUCAAAAUGCUUGGAGAGUGUGCAUAGACUAUAGGAAGCUCAAUAAUGUGACUAGGAAGGACCAUUUUCCUUUGCCUUUUAUUGAUCAAAUGCUUGAGAGAUUGGCUUCCAAGUCCCAUUAUUGCUUCCUAGAUGGGUUUAGUGGGUAUUUUCAGAUUCCUAUAGCUCCUAGUGACCAAGAUAAGACUACCUUUACAUGCCCCUUUGGUACAUUUGCCUAUAGGAGGAUGCUUGGUCUUUGCAAUGCACCUGGUACUUUUCAAAGAUGCAUGAUGUCCAUAUUUUGUGAUUUUAUUGAACAUUGCAUGGAAGUCUUUAUGGAUGAUUUUACUGUGUAUGGUGAGUCCUUUGAUUCAUGCUUGCAUUCUUUAGAUAAAGUGCUUGGUAGGUGCAUUGAAAAGAAGCUUGUGCUUAACUUUGAAAAAUGCCAUUUCAUGGUAGAUAAAGGAAUUGUUUUAGGCCAUUUGAUUUCUUCCAAUGGCAUAGAGGUGGAUAAGGCCAAAGUAGAUGUGAUUGCUUCUUUGCCAUAUCCUGUUUGUUUGAAAGAUUUGAGAUCAUUUUUGGGACAUGCAGGCUUUUAUAGGAGAUUUAUAAAGGGGUUUAGUGAAAUUGCUUUGCCUAUGUCUAAACUCUUACAAAAAGAUGUUGAUUUUGCUUAUGCAUCUAGGACCCUAGAUUCAGCUCAGGUUAAUUACACCACAACUGAGAAAGAGUUGUUUGCUAUUGUUUUUGCACUUGAUAAAUUUAGAUCAUAUCUUCUUAACUCUAAAGUUGUUGUGUACACUGACCAUGCUGCUGUGAGGUACUUGUUUAAGAAGACAGAUUCUAAGCCUCGCUUGAUUCGAUGGGUGAUCUUAAUGCAAGAAUUUGAUGUGGAGAUAAGGGAUAGGAGUGGUUCUACCAAUCAAGUAGCGGAUCAUUUGUCUAGACUACCUCAUUUAAAAGCUACUAUGGUAAACUCUAACCCUACUAUUCCUUGUGAUUCAUUUCCUGAUGAGGCAUUGUGUGCCAUUUCAUCUAAGCCUCCAUGGUAUGCCUCUUUUGCUAACUAUAUUGAGUGUAGAGUCUUGCCUCCUUGUGCUUCACGUUUUGCCAUUGAAAAAUUGAAAAGAGAGUCUAGAUUUUACAUUUGGGAACCACCUUUGAUGUGGAAGAUUUGUAGUGAUAAAGUGAUUAGGAGGUGUGUUGAUGAUGUUGAUGUGCCUUCUGUUCUUGAAUUUUCAUGCUUGAAAUGUCAAAAGGUUAGUAGUUGGGGUAAGAGACAUGAAAUGCCUCAACAACCCAUUUUAUUUUGUGAGAUUUUUGAUGUUUGGGGCAUUGACUUCAUGGGUCCCUUUCCACCAUCCUUUAGUUUUGAGUACAUAUUACUUGGUGUUGAUUAUGUUUCAAAGUGGAUUGAAGCCAUUCCUACUAGAACUUGUGAUGCUAAGAUUGUUUUGAAGUUUCUCAAAUCUAAUAUUUUUUGUAGGUAUGGAGUUCCUAAGGCCUUGGUAAGUGACCAAGGAUCCCACUUUUGCAAUAAGAUGAUGAAGGCUCUCUUGGCUAAAUAUGGAGUGCAUCACAAAAUCUCUACACCAUAUCAUCCCCAAACUAAUGGCCAAGCCGAAGUAUCAAAUAGAGAAGUCAAGAAAAUCCUAACCAAGGUGGUGAACACAAAUAGGAAGGAUUGGUCUUUACACUUGGAGGAUGCUUUGUGGGCUUAUCGGACCGCUUAUAAGACUCCCAUUGGCAUGUCUCCUUUUCGAUUGGUGUAUGGAAAGGCUUGCCACCUCCCUGUGGAGAUAGAGCAUAGGGCCUAUUGGGCCAUCAAGAAACUAAACUUGGAUUUCCAUCUUUCGGCUAAGGAGAGAUUUCUUCAAAUGCAAGAACUUGAGGAGCUUAGGUUGGAUGCCUAUGAGUCUUCUAGAAUCUAUAAGGAGAAAACAAGGAUCCUUCAUGACAAGCUAAUCUUGAGGAAAAAGUUCCAAGUAGAUGGGUUUAGUGGGUAUUUUCAGAUUCCUAUAGCUCCUAGUGACCAAGAUAAGACUACCUUUACAUGCCCCUUUAGUACAUUUGCCUAUAGGAGGAUGCCUUUUGGUCUUUGCAAUGCACCUAGUACUUUUCAAAGAUGCAUGAUGUCCAUAUUUUGUGAUUUUAUUGAACAUUGCAUGGAAGUCUUUAUGGAUGAUUUUACUGUGUAUGGUGAGUCCUUUGAUUCAUGCUUGCAUUCUUUAGAUAAAGUGCUUGGUAGGUGCAUUGAAAAGAAGCUUGUGCUUAACUUUGAAAAAUGCCAUUUCAUGGUAGAUAAAGGAAUUGUUUUAGGCCAUUUGAUUUCUUCCAAUGGCAUAGAGGUGGAUAAGGCCAAAGUAGAUGUGAUUGCUUCUUUGCCAUAUCCUAUUUGUUUGAAAGAUUUGAGAUCAUUUUUGGGACAUGUAGGCUUUUAUAGGAGAUUUAUAAAGGGGUUUAGUGAAAUUGCUUUGCCUAUGUCUAAACUCUUACAAAAAGAUGUUGAUUUUAUUUUUGAUGAUGCUUGCAAAAGGAGUUUUGACACUUUGAAAAGCAUGCUCAUUUCCCCUCCCAUUCUUAAAGCCCCAAAUUGGUCUUUGCCUUUUGAGUUGUCAUGUGAUGCUUCUAAUUUUGCUGUGGGAGCUAUGAUUGGUCAAAGAGAGGGCAAGUUAUCAUAUGUGAUUGCUUAUGCAAAUGGGUUUAGUGGGUAUUUUCAGAUUCCUAUAGCUCCUAGUGACCAAGAUAAGACUACCUUUACAUGCCCCUUUGGUACAUUUGCCUAUAGGAGGAUGCCUUUUGGUCUUUGCAAUGCACCUGGUACUUUUCAAAGAUGCAUGAUGUCCAUAUUUUGUGAUUUUAUUGAACAUUGCAUGGAAGUCUUUAUGGAUGAUUUUACUGUGUAUGGUGAGUCCUUUGAUUCAUGCUUGCAUUCUUUAGAUAAAGUGCUUGGUAGGUGCAUUGAAAAGAAGCUUGUGCUUAACUUUGAAAAAUGCCAUUUCAUGGUAGAUAAAGGAAUUGUUUUAGGCCAUUUGAUUUCUUCCAAUGGCAUAGAGGUGGAUAAGGCCAAAGUAGAUGUGAUUGCUUCUUUGCCAUAUCCUGUUUGUUUGAAAGAUUUGAGAUCAUUUUUGGGACAUGCAGGCUUUUAUAGGAGAUUUAUAAAGGGGUUUAGUGAAAUUGCUUUGCCUAUGUCUAAACUCUUACAAAAAGAUGUUGAUUUUGUUUUUGAUGAUGCUUGCAAAAGGAGUUUUGACACUUUGAAAAGCAUGCUCAUUUCCCCUCCCAUUCUUAAAGCCCCAAAUUGGUCUUUACCUUUUGAGUUGUCAUGUGAUGCUUCUAAUUUUGCUGUGGGAGCUAUGCUUGGUCAAAGAGAGGGCAAGUUAUCAUAUGUGAUUGCUUAUGCAUCUAGGACCCUAGAUUCAGCUCAGGUUAAUUACACCACAACUGAGAAAGAGUUGUUUGCUAUUGUUUUUGCACUUGAUAAAUUUAGAUCAUAUCUUCUUAACUCUAAAGUUGUUGUGUACACUGACCAUGCUGCUGUGAGGUACUUGUUUAAGAAGACAGAUUCUAAGCCUCGCUUGAUUCGAUGGGUGAUCUUAAUGCAAGAAUUUGAUGUGGAGAUAAGGGAUAGGAGUGGUUCUACCAAUCAAGUAGCGGAUCAUUUGUCUAGACUACCUCAUUUAAAAGCUACUAUGGUAAACUCUAACCCUACUAUUCCUUGUGAUUCAUUUCCUGAUGAGGCAUUGUGUGCCAUUUCAUCUAAGCCUCCAUGGUAUGCCUCUUUUGCUAACUAUAUUGAGUGUAGAGUCUUGCCUCCUUGUGCUUCACGUUUUGCCAUUGAAAAAUUGAAAAGAGAGUCUAGAUUUUACAUUUGGGAACCACCUUUGAUGUGGAAGAUUUGUAGUGAUAAAGUGAUUAGGAGGUGUGUUGAUGAUGUUGAUGUGCCUUCUGUUCUUGAAUUUUGUCACUCUCAUGCAUGUGGUGGUCAUUUUAGCUCAAAUAAGACAGCUAGGAAGGUUUUAGAUUGUGGAUUGUAUUGGCCUAGCUUGUUUAAAGACUCUUAUGAAUUUUGUAAAGCAUGCUUGAAAUGUCAAAAGGUUAGUAGUUGGGGUAAGAGACAUGAAAUGCCUCAACAACCCAUUUUAUUUUGUGAGAUUUUUGAUGUUUGGGGCAUUGACUUCAUGGGUCCCUUUCCACCAUCCUUUAGUUUUGAGUACAUAUUACUUGGUGUUGAUUAUGUUUCAAAGUGGAUUGAAGCCAUUCCUACUAGAACUUGUGAUGCUAAGAUUGUUUUGAAGUUUCUCAAAUCUAAUAUUUUUUGUAGGUAUGGAGUUCCUAAGGCCUUGGUAAGUGACCAAGGAUCCCACUUUUGCAAUAAGAUGAUGAAGGCUCUCUUGGCUAAAUAUGGGGUGCAUCACAAAAUCUCUACACCAUAUCAUCCCCAAACUAAUGGCCAAGCCGAAGUAUCAAAUAGAGAAGUCAAGAAAAUCCUAACCAAGGUGGUGAACACAAAUAGGAAGGAUUGGUCUUUACACUUGGAGGAUGCUUUGUGGGCUUAUCGGACCGCUUAUAAGACUCCCAUUGGCAUGUCUCCUUUUCGAUUGGUGUAUGGAAAGGCUUGCCACCUCCCUGUGGAGAUAGAGCAUAGGGCCUAUUGGGCCAUCAAGAAACUAAACUUGGAUUUCCAUCUUUCGGCUAAGGAGAGAUUUCUUCAAAUGCAAGAACUUGAGGAGCUUAGGUUGGAUGCCUAUGAGUCUUCUAGAAUCUAUAAGGAGAAAACAAGGAUCCUUCAUGACAAGCUAAUCUUGAGGAAAAAGUUCCAAGAAGGAGAUCAAGUCCUCUUGUUCCAAACAAGGUUUAUUCAUAAGCAUGCCAAGUUGAAGUCUAAGUGGGAGGGACCAUAUCUAGUGACCAAGGUGUUUCCCUAUGGGGUUUUGCAACUCUUGAAUAAAGCCACGGGUUCCACUAUGCAAAUCAAUGGUCACCUAUGCAAGCUCUACAAAGAUGCCAAAUCACUUCAAAAGGAGGAGGACUUCUCUCAACAUGUUUUUGAACCACCAUGAUAAGGUUGUAUCUCUCUAACCUUGAGCUUUUACCUUCCUUUAAUUGAUAUAUUUAAUGAUAGGUAUAGUUCAAGUGUGGGGGAGAUGAACCUAGUAGGAAAAUUAGAGUUUAUUUGCUUUAUUUGACUUCUUUGUUUUGUGUUUUAGUUUGAAAAAAAAAAUAUCUGCACCACACUUUUGUUAUGCAUUCAUUAUUGAUCUCACCUUAUUUUAUCACUAGUCUAUACAUACAUUGAGGACAAUGCAUGAUUUAAGUGUGGGGGAGAGAAAUAAACAUUUUGUUUUGUUUGUUUGGUUUUGUUUGGUUUUGCAAAAAAAAAUUCAAAAAAAAAAUUUCUUUGUUUUGUUUUGUUUGAGGUUACUUAAUUACCUAGCUCUUGAAUGGAUAUUUUGAUUCUUGAGAUGUGGUAAUUUUUAGGAUUGAAUAGGUGUGAAGUGAACAUUCUUUUACCUUGAAUUAAUGGAUUAGAGUGGCAUAUUACCCAUUCAUGGAAGAGGCUAAACACUCAUGUGUGAUUAAUUCCUUAGUGAUGUUACCCUCUAGAAUUUGUUUCACUUCUUAAUUAAGACCAUAUAUCUUGCACUUGUUUGAUAGGAGAUGAGAGAUGGCAUUCAUAAAAAAUAGCCAAGAGCCAAAUAGCCAACCUAUUAUUAUUUAUUAUCCUU